AUGCUUCAAACAUUGUCCAACACAACAAGUUCCAGCAACAAUGGUUCCUCCCCAUCCACCUCUUCACACAUGAUGCCCUAUUUCAAUCCCAAGAAGCAGGUGCUUUCCAAGUGGUGCAACAGCCAUGUGAACAUGGGAGGUAUUUUAACAACCACCACCACCACUUCAAGCACGACUACUACUACUACAAGCACGAUGGCCUCCUCUUUCUCCACCACCACUAGUAGUAGUAGCAGUAGUGCAAUGAAUACUGCAAAUACUGCCGCCGCUGCUGCCACCACGAUGAAUAGUGGUAACCAAUUUUUGGUGAAUCACUCCUCUGGAACCUGGAAUGUUGAAUAUUUUGAUAACAAUUACUUUUAUAGUAAUAAUCUGAAAUUGAAUGUUGAUGUCGUGUUGACUCAUUCAAGAGAAGAUACUUCUUGUCUUGAGCCUUCCAUUGAUCCAUCCACAGGUCAAAACAAAGGCAUUGUACUUUAUUCUUCUCUGAGAUAUCAACUCAGACAUUGUUUGAAGCUAUCUCCAUCAUCCCCUAAAGAUCCAUGUUCUCUUCCUCCAUUGUUGUUCAUGAAAGUUGUAUUGAUUGGUGGAACUACUAAGGAGGAUAUUGGUGGAGUUAUUUCACCAAGCACUGAACAUCCUGUGAGUGUCACAGAAAGAGUAUUUGCUUCUGAGAAUCGUGUUCAAAUUGAAAAAGUUCAAUCCUACAAACAACUUGUGCACUUUAAGAUUUCACUUUAUGAUUUGAGAGAUUUGAACAAGGCCAUUUGUGAACUCAAAAGUGUUGAAUUCAAUGUCUUUGCAAGAAAGAAGCAAGAAAGUGCUCCAUCCUCCUCUUCAACCACUACCACCAACAACAACAACAACAGUGGUUCCCUCUCCCCAAAAACGACCAAAAAAACAAAAAAUCCUUCCACCAAGAGAAGUUUGACUUCAAGUGACGCCACUGCGAACAACAACAACACUGAAUCCUUGAAGCGUCAAAAAGCAUGCUUUGAUGGUAGCAUUUCCAAUAACCAAUGCUACAAUUCCAUUUCCUACUCCACUUCAGGUGUGAUGAAUGAUUUAUCAUUCGUCUCCGAUCACACUACCUCCUCACAUCUUCUAGUAUCUGCCAAUCAUUAUGCUGCACUCAAUACUUUGAUCAAUAUUGCACUUCCUUCUGCUCCUCAAAAAUGUAACCAUCAAGAGGAAGAAGAUGAUGACACUCCAAACCUCAAGAUUGAUGAUGGAGAAGAGGACUCCACCACAUCUUUAUCACCAUCUCCUCCAUCAUCACCACCAUCUAAUGAUGACAUUCUCCUUUCUCAAUUCUGUACCUUAUUGAAUGACAUGAUUCAAUCUGUCAAGAGUUUGAAUGAACAAGAUAGAACUACUGCUCUUCAAACAGCUAUGGUUGCUUUGAGAUAA